CAGGAUUUCUCCUCCGUGUUAUCACACAGUCGUGGACCGCAAAUAACCGCAUUUGGAAGUUGUAGCGCUCGGAUUUGGUGCUAUUUUUUCCGCUGGAUUCACGUUAUUAAUCGAAUUUCACGGAGAAAGCUGUGGGUUAGAGGACUGUGGCCCCCGGGGUCUGCUGUCAAACUGAGUUUAUGGUCGGGUUUCUGCCGUUAACCCUUGCUAUCCCCACAAUCUAGGAACUUGGCUCCUUGUCCCUGCACUUGGAGGAGAUCGGAUCCAGCUUCAUACCCCCGGGCCCCACCAUCCAACAGCACCCGGGGCAUCAGGACCUGCAUCUCUAGGGCAAAAGAUGUAUCAGAGCCUGGCUCUGACGUCCAGCCACGGCCAGUCUGCCUAUGCCCACGACUCUGCCAAUUUCCUGCACCCCACAGCCAGCCCCCCGGUGUAUGUCCCCACCACCCGGGUCCCCGCAAUGCUGCAGUCUCUGCCUUAUCUGCAGAGCUGUGACGCCGGUCACCAGGGCCACCACCUGGGCAGCCACCCAGGCUGGGCACAGACGGCUAACGAGAGCCAUGCGUUCAAUGCCAGCAGCCCCCACACCCCCUCCGGGUUCUCCUACUCUCACAGCCCACCUGUUGGCAACGGCAGUGGGAGAGAUGGGGCCUACCAGAGCCCCCUCAUGCUGGGCGGAGGGGCCCGGGAGCAGUUCGGGAACGCUCUGGUCCGUUCAGUGAAUGGCUCCUACUCCAGCCCGUACCCUUAUGUGAGCCCCGAGAUGCCACCUUCCUGGGCAGCGGGACACUUUGACAGCACCAUGCUGCACGGCUUGCAAAGCAGACCACCCCUACCGGGAAGGAGAUCCAGCCUGGAAUAUUUUGAAGAGUUCCACGGCGAGGGGAGGGAAUGCGUAAAUUGCGGCGCUAUGUCCACUCCGCUGUGGAGGCGAGAUGGUACCGGACACUAUCUGUGCAACGCCUGUGGGCUCUAUCACAAAAUGAAUGGAAUCAACAGGCCGCUCAUCAAACCACAGAAAAGACUGUCUUCCUCUCGGCGAGCCGGUCUGUGCUGCACAAACUGCCACACGACAACCACCACGUUAUGGAGGCGCAACUCGGAAGGCGAGCCGGUGUGCAACGCCUGCGGCCUCUACAUGAAGUUACACGGUGUUCCUCGGCCUUUGGCUAUGAAGAAAGAAAGUAUUCAAACUCGAAAAAGGAAGCCCAAAAAUGGGAGCAAAGGAAAAACGUCCACAGGGUCUUCAACAUCAGCCACCAAUUCACCUUCCUCAGUAACCAACACAGACACCUCGCCUGUAUUAAAGACAGAGCCCGGCCUGAGCUCUCAGUACCCAGGCCAGGCCAUGGGACCCGUGCCGCAGGGUCAAAGCCAAGCCGACGACCUGGUGUCUGGGCCUCACGAGCUCAAGUUUAUCCCUGAUGAAUAUGGUUACAGUCCCAACGUCCUGAGCCAACAGACAGGACUGAGCGUUCCUCUCCGCCAAGACUCCUGGUGUGCGUUAGCUCUGGCCUAAAUCUGAAAGACGGACACUCAGAGCUGGCACGGGCUGAGAGGAGACCAGUAGAUACCGAGAGCCCCACGGGUCGCUGAUGGGCAGUUGUGAGCGAAGACUGGAGGACUUUUCAUUCUCUUGGAGAAUGUGUAUCCGGUGGUGCUUGACUUUAUUCUUCUCCUCAUGAGAGAGGCGAGGAGGACUUUUCAAGCAGGAGCUUUUGCAUCAUUUACGUGCAAUCUGAGGGGUGGCGGGUCAGGGUCUGCAAUCAAUGAUUUACAAUCUCGGAAGGAAUUCUGAGCCGUCUCCUUGAUGCAAGAAUUUGAUUCGGAACCAGAAGAAGUUUUUUUUGCGAUGAUGGCAUGAAUGUCAUUCCUGAUCGUGGGCAUCUACAGAAUAAGACCUUAAUCAAGGCCGGUAGCUUGACGGGACCUGUUUGUCACAUCACAUAUAUACGUCAUAUGUGAUCGUUUCCUUCAAAGAAUUUAUUUUCUUAUUGAAAAAUCUGUCCCAAGAUAAUUACUUCCCUUUCUUUACUUAUAAGUGCAAUUGUUUUCUCACAAUGUAAUAAAGAGUGAAAUGUCA